GACGUUGGUCAACGUGUCCUUCAUCAUGGACACUCUCCUCAUCGUCGACUCUAUGCAGGUGCUGGAGAUAUCUGGAGACUUACUUCAGGAGUGGGAGGAUCCCAAUCUUCUCUUCCCCGGCAGCAGCGGCGGCAUCAUUACCUCAGUAGGUCUCUCAGGAACAACAGGGUCAAAGAUACAAGACCAAAUAUGGCGGCCGGACUUGACAGCGGCACACAACAUCAACCCCAGAGGAUCCAUACCUCACUCUGACUUUCUCAGGAUCACUCGUGAUGGUCGAAUGUCCUAUAACCAGAGGGUACACUACACUAUCCCGUGCAUCAUGGAACUUUACAGCUAUCCUCUGGGUGUACACACCUGCACACUCAAGCUAAACAGCUUGGGAUACGACUCGAGCGAACUGCAGCCGUCGUGGUAUGGGGACACAGCAGUGGAAUUUGCCAACUUGAUGAUAACUCACGGAUAUGAGCUGACUGAGGUCAAGACCUCAGCCAAGACCGUCGUCACAGCACACAAACCCAAGAGGCAGCUGAGGGUAGAGAUGGAAUUACAGGCUUAUGGUGGAUGGGAGGUCAAACACACUGUCAUCCCAAUGAUCGCCACCGUCACCACAGCCUAUUUUUCCUUCUUCAUCAACAUUAGAGGAGCGUGUGUACGGGUGAUUCUGGGAAUGAUGUCCUUGAUGACAGCUGCUAUCUUCCACGAGAGUACCUACCGUAGCGUGCCCCACGCCUCGUAUACCAUGGCCAUUGAAGUGUUCACUGGGACAUGCCUUAGCUUCAUCUUCAUAGCGACGGUGGAGAGUGUAGUAGUGGACGUUUUGUCGCAUCUUCCCGUGAAAGGCCGGCGCUCCGCACCUUCUUCUCACACCUCCUUCGCUCUAGAGGUCCGUGACGAAAAGCCUGACCUGACAGAAGAGAGAGUAGGGAUGCGUGGUAACGUUGCUGCCCUCUGGUUAGACCGUUGCUUCCGUGUUCUCUACCCAGCCUCUUUCAUCGCUUUCAACGCUGUCUACUGGGUGCUCUACAAUUAACCUUCCACAUCCUUAACACUUCACCGAACUGCGUCGACAGAGACAAAACACCAUCCUCUGAAAACCUUUGAAAGCAUUGCCAUUGUCUUGACGGAACAAGAUUUGCAUCAUCUAAGCGUUGCAAUGCUCAGGAAUAUAAUAUUCAAUAAUUGUGAUAUAUAUCUGAUAUAUGAUAAUUGUUCCAGAGAUCUGUUUUCUGUUGCCCGGUCUCAGAUCAGGUCUUCUAAAUUGGAGAGAAACCAUUGUAGGAAUGAGAUCAAAUAAGAAAUACUGUAAGGUAGAGACAUAUGUAUAAAUGUGAGCAGAUGUUUGUGCUGUGGGAUGAAUAUCUAACUUUCUAGAACACAAACACUGAGCUAAAUAAAAUAAUGAAAUCGCCUGGAAGCCACAAAUAUAACUGAACAAGUUCCCAGGUAAAGAAAUUUGUGUGACCAGCAGGAAAGUCGAAUUAAGGCCUACACUAUGUAGCAAAAGUUAUAUUUACAUAAUUUAAAAAUUAUUUCCAUAACACCUUUACCACCUAACCUCUACACGCCGCUGUAAAUGUAUACAUUGUUAUAUAAGAAUAAAACCUAAGUAAAUUACUAUUGUAAACCGCCCUGCUAAUAAUAAUUACUAAAACACCAA